CCCAUGAUUUUUUCUCAACUUCAUUCAGCAAGUUCAAUUCAGCUUUGACCGCAGGCCUUCUCAACCCAAUGUCACCACCACAAUCAAUCGAUAAAACCCGUUCAAGCACAACCCUUUUCGAAAUGAUGGCCAGCGAGCUCGAUGUCCACCCAAGAACCACCCAGAUCUCCACUCAAACUCCCGUGCUUUCGGCCCCAAAACCAUCACAAGUCCCACCACUGGACAAACAAUCGUUAAUGCAACAACGUCUGAUCAACGUUUUAGCGUGUCGAAGCCCUGGAAAUCAAUUCAAUGAUUCGAAUUCAAGUGAUAUGAAGUUAACUUUGAGCUCAAAAGAUGGUCUUAGUGUGUGUAUAAAUGUUCAUAGGCAGAUCUUGGUUGGGCAUAGUCGUUUUUUCUCUGUCAAGCUGUCCGAGAGGUGGGGGAAACAGCAGAGAAUUUCGACUCCAUACAUUGUUGAGAUCGCGGAUUGUGAUGAUAUUGAGGUUUAUAUUGAGACUCUUAGGUUGAUGUAUUGUGAGGAUUUGAGGAAGAAAUUGAUGAAAGAAGAUGUUUCCAGAGUCCUUGGUAUCUUAAAGGUUUCAGCGGCAAUUGGGUUUGAUGCAGGGGUUUUAACUUGUUUGGAGUACUUAGAAGCUGCUCCAUGGACUGAGGAUGAAGAAGAGAAGGUGGCUUCUCUGUUAUCGGAGCUACAGCUUGAAGUAGUUGGUGCUGGGGAAGUUUUGAAGAGGGUUUCGGUUGAUGUUACAGCUGGGGUUGAGGAUGGAAAUGGCAAUGAAGAAGUGCUCCUUAAGCUUUUGCAGGUAGUUCUUGAAGGGAAGGACGAGAAAGCGAGGAGAGAGAUGAAAGGGUUGGUGUUGAAAAUGCUUCGUGAGAAUUCAUCUCAGAAUGAUUUGAGAAAUGAGUCAUUGUACUCUGCUUGUGAUGGGUGUUUGCAAUUGCUGCACCACCAUUUCUUGCGAGCAGCAAAGGCAGACUUUCAGGAUGUUGGUCAGAUUGCAAGGCAGGCGGAUAAUUUGCAUUGGAUUUUAGAUAUUUUGAUUGACAGACAGAUUGCCGAGGACUUUUUGAAGACUUGGGCAUCUCAGUCUGAAUUGUCUGAUGCACAUUCGAAAGUGCCAGCAAUUCACAGGUACGAGAUUAACAGAGUUACAGCUAGGCUGUUCGUUGGAAUUGGCAAGGGGCAGUUGCUGGCUUCUAAGGAUGUCAGGUGCUUGCUUUUACAGACUUGGUUGGUGCCAUUCUAUGAGGAUUUUGGGUGGAUGAGGAGGGCAUCAAAAGGCCUCGACCGACAUUUAAUUGAGGAUGGUCUCAGCAACACCAUUCUAACUCUGCCUAUGGCUUGGCAGCAGGAAAUUUUGAUGUCUUGGUUUGAUCGGUUUUUAAACUCAGGUGAUGAUUGUCCGAACAUUCAGAGAGGAUUUGAGGUUUGGUGGAGGAGAGCUUUCUGGAGACGAAAUGGUGAGCCAGAACGCCCUCAGCAGAUGCAAAUCACGACUGCAACUAUUGAGAACUCACGAUCUUGACAAUUCUACAGUGCAGUGUUGUUCCCAUGGUUGUCUCCUUUGAUACUUCUGUCACCAAGCAACCUUUAUAUCACGUUAUGCUUCUCUUUUAUACCUUCUUGCCUCAAAACCAUGAACAGCAUUUUGUAUCGACAGAAUUAUAUUUGCAGAGGUGGGUAAUGCGCUGUUAUAAUAGAUGUAUUACCAUGGUUAAAUCUGGAAGACGAGAGUUGUUACCCGUGCAACUUACAUGUUUUGUUGGGAAUCAUCAAAAUAGAAUUUGCUUGCAUUUCUCAUUUUUGAUGCUUGAAUUCCAUCCUUUUUUUUUUCCAGUACUAUAU